AUGACCAUCACCGAACUCCUCUGGCCGCCCUUCAAACCAGACACCCAGUCCCAGGCCGAAUUCGCCGCCAAAUCUCCCGAAAUCUUCUCUCACUUCGUGGGAAUUCCCGGUCUAAAGGACUUCUUCUGCGGACGAGUCAUCUACGAUAACGGUGAGCCCGUUGACGAGAGGAGUGGCCGGGGGGCUCUGAUUCUCGAAUGGGAUGGUCUCCCCUCAAUCCACGCAUUCUAUCCGCACUCGGAGACAUUCCGGUCAUUUAUCAGUCUUGUGAAACCGUACCUCACGGGCCCGGAUACCCCGCAGUUUUUUGAGGCUGUGGUUUCGGCUGCCGGAUGUGCUGAGACGGGUGUUACGCAGGUUCUUAAAGUAGCGAAAGGGGAGGAGACGGAAGCGGUAUGGAGGCGUCUGCAGGAGGCCAUUGGGGGGUCUUAUGGGCCUGCGAAGACGGUAUUUUCGUAUGCGAAUGGGGUUGAGAAGGAGGAGGGGGUGUUUUUGGGGAUUGUUGGGUGGCCGACACUAGAGGAUUAUCAGCGGUCGAGGAUGGAUAAGGAGGUUGUUGGUCUGAUUAGGGAGUUGGGGGCUGGUGAGGACGUGUUUGAUGUUGUGGUCCAGCUGGAGCGGAUGGCUGUUUGA